AUGGCAUCAUUUUCUGCUGAUAAUCGUGAUAUUAUUUGUUAUUUGGUGACAAAACAUUCAUGGAAAGGAAAAUACAAAAGAAUAUUUUCAAUUGGUACGUUAGCCAUUACAACUUAUAAUCCAUCUACACUUGAAAUAACAAAUCAGUGGUUAUAUGAAGAUUUCGUAACAAUUAAACCAAUAUCACGUCCAUUGCAAGGUCAGGAUGAAUUUGUCAUCCAGAUUCGUUCCAAACGAAAAAAUGACACGAUGCGAUUCUCAUCAGAAUAUACACAAGAAAUUUUAUCAGAAGCUCUUAUGCAUAUGCCUAAAUUUUCUGAUGCUGAACCUGAGACACAGAAUUUUGCCUGCUACAAACAUGAUUGGUCUGAUCGCCGUAUACCGAUUCUACUUCGAACAAAAAGUUAUGCAUUGGAAAGGCUAAAUAAUAACGGUGAAGUGAUUGCAUCAUACGCAUAUCAGCGCAUGAAAUCUAUCACUAUAAUGCAAGGAUAUCAGAAUGGAUUUGUUGUAGAAAUGGAUGAACAUCGUCGUCGACAUUUAUUUGUAUGCGAAUUGUUAGAUGAUCUAAUCUCUGUGAUACGGCAAAUGGCUGCAACCUAUUUGGGAAUUUCAAUACCGAUCGCAAAAGAGGGAUUAACUUUGGAGCAGUUUAUGCUAACACGUUUGGGUUUGUGUAGUCGUGAUGAACAGCUAACUUCAUAUGUGGAGUUCAAAGUUCAAAAGAUUGCACCGCGACAAUCUCCUUCAGUGAAACGAUUGCUAUGUUUGAGUAGUACAUGUAUUAUUGAACGGGAUCCAUCAACUUAUGCAGCGAUUUGUGCGCGGCCAUUGAAAACGAUUGUUUUUGUGAUUCGUGAUGAAACAGAUCCGCAAAGCUUUACUAUUCAAUAUGAUGAAGGUGACAUCCGGUCAUAUACUUCUCCAGAACGGGAUUUAAUUCUCACAUCACUCAUUGAUGGAUCACGGGCUUCUGGAAAUCAGUAUAUAUUUAUUACUUGUAGCAAAUAUGAUCGUGCUUUACGAAUUAUACCAUAUAAAUUUUUAUUGGAUGAAGAUACGGAAUCACAAUGCAUGAGACAUGUUAUUUCAGUACCACCUGGUCUGAAAAGAUAUGAUUUGAUUCGUCGUUUCAAUGCCAAUGUACCAUAUGGUGGACUUACCUAUACGGUCUCACAGGAGGGUUUUUUUACCGAAAAUAAAGCGAAAACAAUUGUUGCUUGCUUAGAAUCGGUAUUAAUGGAAAAUUUUGGUAAUGAAAUUAGUAAAUGCGAAGCGCAGUUACAAUGCUUACAUCGCUUAUUUGCAUCGAAGAGUGGAUUUCAAGCGUUUACAGCAGUGCCGGGAGUUCGUGAGAAAUUGGGUGAUUUGGUAGUUCGUAUGCUAAAUAUAUCUAACGAAUGCAUCGAUUAUGCAACCGUUGAGAUGCUUUGUUCAUUAAUGCAGCCGAUGCAUUCAAAUUACGAAUUGAAAUUAGAGCAACUUAAUAAGCAAUCCUUGCUUGCAAAUUCACAAUUCGUGGAGCAUUUAUUGGAUUUAGUUGUUAAACAUACGGAGCAAAAAACUGGUGCUCUUGUUAUUGCUAGCAUGCUUGAUUUCCUAACAUAUGCUUUAUGCGCUCCAUAUAGUGAGACAACAUUGGGUGCUAUAUUUGAUUUACUGCUAGAAAUGGUUGCUGAACGUGGCUCAAGCUUUUAUCGGCUUUUUCAAUAUCCGUCGAUGACAAUUGUUAAAGGAGCAGGUAUGAUAAUGCGUGCAAUUAUUGAAGAAUCAACAGUAGAAAUUUCAAAAAGAAUGCAAAUGUUAUCGUUAACAGAAGGAGCAUUUUUGGUGCAUCUUCAUAUGGCUUUACUCAGUGUUGGUCGCGAUCUUCGAGUCCUUGCAAAUAAACAACUUAGUGGACACUUACUUUCAUUGUGGAUUGCUGAUAAUAAUGCUGCCACUGAUUUAUUGUCAAGAUGUUUGCCUCGUGGAUUAUUGGAUUAUAUGGAUUCACUUGAAAAGCCAAAAAUUGUGGAAGUAGAUUAUUUGUUGACACGAAACAAUUUGCAAAUGGCUAAUGAAGAAUCAAAGCAAAAUCAUCUUUUGGAACAAGUACAACAAGUGCAACUACAAUUAGAAGCGAAACUUGAUCGAUUGUUACAGCAUUGGAAUUUGGAGCAUAAAUUCCUACAAAAGAAAGAUGAUAAGAUGCAGAAACCAGUUAUAUUACGCAAGAGACGACAACGAGUGAAAAGUGGGGUGAAUUGGAAGCUGUUUUGUUUUCAGUUUACUAAAGAUCAUUGUAAAGCUAAUUUGAUAUGGAAUGAGACGACACGAGAAGAAUUUCGUCGUUCAAUUGAAGAUGAAAUGAGAAUUUUGGAACAAGAAAAAGAGCUUGUAUCUACAAAUGUUCCAAUCUCAUGGAAUCAUACCGAAUUUCAGGUUCGAUAUCCAUCUUUGGCUGAUGAAGUGAAAAUUGGUGAUUAUUAUUUGCGUAUUUUACUUCAAGAGAGUGAUGCCACUGCUACACCGAUACAUAAUCCAGGAGACUUUUUCAACAGUGUUUAUCACCGAUUUUUGCUUUCGGCAAAAAGUGAAAUGCGUUGCCUUUGCUUGAAAGCAAUGGCUAUAACAUACGGACGUCAUCAUAUUACCAUUGGACCAUUUAUGGAUUCCAAGUAUAUUGUUAAUAUGUUAUCAAAAUGCUCCAAUCCGACUGAAAGAGAUCAUCUGGUAUUCUUAAUCAGUAAAUUAGUACAAAACAAAGAUAACGUUCGUGAAUUGCUAUGUGCUGGUGUAUUGCCAUUACUUACUGACAUGGCUGUUCUUGCUCAUCUUCAUGUAAGCCGGGCGAAAAUUCACAAUCAGGUUCAAACAAAUGUAAUCGAAGCUGAUAUUUCGACGAAAAAUGAUGGCACCGCAGAAUGGUACUACAAUGAUAAAGGUGGUAAACGACAGGGACCAAUAACUUUUAAUGAGAUGAAAAAACUUUACGAACAGAAAGUGAUUUUCGAGCGAACCCAAAUAUGGGCACAAGGAUUAGAUCAGUGGACAACUCUUUCAGCAGUUUCACAAUUUCGUUGGACUGUUUGCUGUUCAUUGGGGACUAAUUCAUUGUACAACUUUACCGAACUUUGUACACUUAUUCUGGAUAUUUUCAUCCAGAUGUGUAUGUUUUUUCCAUCACGAGAUGAAAAUGAAUAUAUAGUGAGACCAUUACCGCAUGUUAAACGAAAUUUGUCCGAACCAGUAUUACUUUAUCAAGUUGUUCAAUUACUUCUCACGUAUGACCCUGCAAUUGUACAGCGGGUUGCAUCUUUGCUACUGCAUAUUCUUGAGGAUAAUCCUUUUUUAUCACGAUUAUAUCUCUCGGGUGUCUUUUUCUUUAUUCUCAUGUAUAAUGGCUCGAAUUUACUACCAAUUGCACGAUUUCUUCAUUAUACACAUAUGAAGCAGGCAUUUCGCUCUGCUGUGGCAAAAUCAGAAUUUGUUUCACACAGUAUUUUGAGUCCAUUACUUCCGGAAGCUGCAAUUUUGUAUUUGGAGGAAUAUGGUGCCGAAAAGUUUGCCCAAACUUUUCUGGGUGAAUUUGAUAAUCCAGAAGUUAUAUGGAACAACGAAAUGAGGAGACAUAUGAUUGAAAGAAUUGCUGUGCAUAUCAGUGAUUUUUCUAUUCGUCUCCCGUCAAACAUCAAAGCUUUAUAUCAGUAUUGUCCUAUCCCUGCUAUUGAUUAUCCGCAACUUGACGGAGAAUUAUUUUGCCAUGUAUACUACCUGCGACUACUUUGCAACACUAAACGUUUUCCAUCUUGGCCAAUACGUGAUCCAGUUACAUUCUUACGUUGUUGUUUAGCCACAUGGUUAGAUGAAAUUGAUAAAAAGCCUCCUGCAAUGUCGUUAGAGCAAGCAUGUUCUGUUUUAUUACUUCCCAGCAAUGAAUCUGCAUGGAAAAAUAAAGCUGAAGUUCGACGAGCUUAUUUUAAACUAGCUCAAAAGUAUCAUCCAGAUAAAAAUCCUGAUGGCCGAGAAAUAUUUGAGCAGAUAACAUCAGCAUAUGAAUUACUUACAUCGAACGUGCAACAUUCUAUCAUGCCAGAUUUACAGCGUAUUAUCCUAUGUCUGCAAGCGCAAUCGAUCGUUUACAAGAACUAUUCUGAAGAGCUUUCACCUUAUAAAUAUGCGGGCUAUGGACAGUUAAUUAAAACAAUUGAUUUGGAAUCGAAAGAUGAUGCGCUGUUCGCGGAAGGUGGUGGACGAUUACUUGGUGCUGCUGUAGAGUUAUGUCGUUACACUCUGAUGAGUUCUGCUUUGAAUGCUGAACAAUUAAGACGUGAUGCUGGUUUAGAGGCGCUGUUGGCAGCAUUUGAACGAUGUGCUCCAAUGGUCAGUUUGAGUUCAGAGGAGGAUGAUAUGGCAGUACAAAUUUGUAUCCAUUCGCUUUACUGUUUUGGAACAGCUGCCCAAUUUGAUGCUUGCCGUGAAAAAAUUUCGGAAAUGCCAACUUUGUUCAUUAGCAUAUGUAGACUAUUACAAUUUAAUCAUGUUAUUCGUCUUGCUUGCGCAGUUGCAGAAUGUAUUUGUUCACUUGCUGUUUGCACCAUUCUUCAAAUGCAUCUCUUUCAAUCGGGUGUUAUCUGGCAGUUAAUUCCACAUCUUUUCCGAUAUGACUAUACUCUUGAUGAAGGAGGUGUGGAACAUAGUGAAGAAACAAACAAACAAUCAUUGCUUAAUAAGUUAGCAAGAUCUGGAUGUGAAGCACUGGCAUGUUUAGCUGGUUUCCGACAAGGAACACCUGAUAAUGAUGGCGUACAAAAAAGUCUUAGAGCUAUGCUUACACCUUAUAUAUGCCGACUUAUGCAACAAUCUGAAGAUAAUGAUCGUGUAUUGAAAAUUUUAAACAGUAAUACGGAAGAUCCAUAUCUUAUUUGGAAUAAUAGUAUACGAAAUGAAUUGUUGGAAUUUGUUGAGUAUCAUCGUACUUCCGUAUCCAAUAUGAGUGAAUUGUUUGGUGGUGAAUUCAAACUUUCGGCACACGAAAAGGAAUUAAUUGUGGGCGAUAUAUUUAUACGAAUUUUCAAUGAACAACCAAAUUUUAACAUACAGGAACCAAAGAAAUUUUGCAUGGAUUUGUUAGAUUUUGUGCAAGAAAAAGCUGAUCAAUUAUUUGAAGAUGAGAAAGAAAGAGAUGGAAAAAAAGAUGAUACAAUGAUUGAUUGGUGUAUUGAGCCUGCUACUAUAGCAUCAGAUGAGAUUCUAUUACAGACUGUAAUGUCACUGCAGGCACUUGCGAAUUUACUUGUUGCAAAUGCAGGUCUUGAAAUUCUAUUAAUUGGUCACUACAAGUUAUUAUUUUCAUUUUUUAAACUUCAUGAAUCUGUGGAAUUACAAGGAAUUGCUUUAAAAGUAGUAUCGUUAACUUCCGUAAAUCGUGAAUGUGUGGCUGACAUUGCUGAUUCUUCACAGUUACCUCUGUUGUUUUCUUUAAUUCUACAGGAUCACAGCUUUAUUCCAAUUGUCCUUUCAACGAUGAUCACAUUGGCAUCGAAUACAAAAAUUGUCAAAGAGUCGCUGGAAUAUGGUGGCUUAUUGCAUAUUUUAAGCGUAUUUUUCAACGAUCAAUUUGAUCCAACCACACGUAUCUUAGCAGCAGAAUUGUUAGCUAAAAUGCAAGCAGAUAAAUUGACAGGACCACGAUGGUCACGAUUUAUUGUGCGCUUCUUGCCACCUAUCUUUACGGAUGCUCUAAGAGAUUCGCCGCAAACAGCAUUAUCGAUGUUCGAUUCAACACAUGAAAAUCCGGAAUUGAUUUGGAAUGAUGCGGUGCGUUCUAAUGUCAAAAAUAUUGUUUCGCAUAAAUUGAAUGAAUUGAAUUCAUUGCAAUUGCAGAAUCCAUGCACUAAAUGGAAGACGGAUGUAGCAAAUGAAAAAUGCGCAUAUUCUGAUAUAAUGGACGAUGAAUUAGUAGUUGCGGGAGUAUUUUUACGACUUUUUAUCGCAAAUCCAUCAUGGCAAGUGCGUCAUCCAAAACAGUUUGCUGCUGAGUUGAUUGAAAAGGUUCUGGAAUGUAUGGAACGACCAACACCUGAUUUAGAUAUCAUUACAUCUGCAUUCGUUGCUUUACUUUCCAAUCAUCCAGCAGUUGCUAAUCAUCUACCAGCACAAGGUUAUUUACCACAAUUUUGUGCGUUAAUGUCAUCAUCAGUUGGUCAUGCUUCCCAUUCCGCGAUUGUAAUUCUUUCACAUCUUGCCGAAAAUACGUACUGCGCUGAUUCGCUUGCUAAAUUGAAUUGCAUUGGCGGCAUUAUGAAAUCGAUGAAACAACAGCCAGUGUUAAUAAGAGAUUCAGCGCAUGCAUUAAAAUGUUUGUUGAAACGAAACUGCAGCGAUCUUGCUGCACAAAUGCUCUCUACUGGCAUGAUUGAGUAUUUGUUGCAAUUAUUGGGUGAUGAUAUGAAAGGUGUCGAUAGUGUUGCUGCAGCAAAAGCAGAAAUAGUGGGUGCGUUAAAAAAUGUUUCGUUAGAUUUACAGUAUGGAGCUAAAAUUGCGGAAAUUUUGGGUGAAUCUUCUAUCUGGGCACAGUACAAGGAUCAACGACAUGAUCUUUUCAUUCCAGCAAAUAAUGUGCAUUCCAUUACAGGCGCACCAUCAGGCAUUGCUGGCUAUUUAACUGAGCGAAUGUUUGCACCACCUUCUACAAAUUUCACACCGCCUCCUGUUUCUUCUAAAAAACUAAAUCACGAAUAA